AUGGCGGACUGUCGGCGAUAUCAACGGUCUCUCACACUAGUAACCAGGCGGACGUCGCCGCGGCAUGGCUGCUCGACCGCUCUGUUCGUCGCAUGCCUACUACUAGCCUUGUCGGUAGCGCUUCCUCGCACACGAGCCCAAGCAGUCGCAGACAGUCAGCGACCGGCGCUGGCGGCGAUAAUGGACGUGUGGGGCGCGGCGCUCAAUCUGAACGCCACGUGGUUCGUCAUGCCGACCUGCGCGCAAUGGCAGGGGCUCGCAUGCAACGCCAUGGGCCAAGUCACCUCCUUGGAAAUUUCCAAUCGGCGGCAGCUUGCGGGACAGAGCGUUCCCGCCGCCGUCACCCAGCUUUCCGCACUUCAGAGGCUGAGCCUGGAUCACAAUCUUCUGGUGGGCAGUGUGCCGUCUAACAUUGGAUACCUCUCCGCCCUCACCAACCUCUCGUUGAGUGGCAAUGCUCUCCAGGGCGCCAUCCCGCCGUCUCUCUCCACCCUCGCCAAGCUGCGCAUUCUCGAUCUGAGCUCCAACGACUUAUCCGGGCCCAUUCCCAACGCCUUUGCCUCUCUCACUCUCCUCACCACUCUCGCGCUCGGGUCCAACCAGCUCACAGGCCCUCUACCCGCGUCCCUCUUCAGCCUCUCCAACCUCGUGCAUCUGUUGAUCGGAGGCAAUCGCAUCUCAUCCACUCUCCCCGACUCCAUCUCUGGCCUCACCUCGCUGCUUGCACUUGACGUGAGUCGCAAUAACUUCUAUGGGAGGCUCCCAGCCGCGUUGGGCGCCCUCCCCUCCCUUCUCUUCCUGGACGCGAGCGAGAAUCAGCUCACGGGGGCGCCCGUCUCAUCCUUCGCGUCGCCAGCCAUGGCCAACACCUCCCUCGCCACGCUCGACCUCUCCGGCAACUUCCUCUCCUCCCCCGCCGCCUCCUACUCCGCCAAAGCCACCACCACUACCCCCACCACCUCAACCACCAACAGCACCACCAAAGGCACCAACACUACCACCAACAGCAGCAGCAGCAGCAGCAACGGCGCCAACACCACUGCUACUCUCGUCUCCUUCUGCCCUUCGUCCCUGCAAGGCCGCUACGCCUCUGCCAAUCUUCUCAUCUACGGCGUCUCGCCUUACAGCAGUCAGCAGGGCAACUGCUUUCUUGGAGGCAACUGGAACGUGACAGAGAGCUUUGUGAACGAGAAGCACAGGGGUAAUGCAAAGCAGGGAGGGCCAGGAGGAAGCAGUGGUGGUGGCGUGAGCGCCAAAUCAGGAACAACCGGCGGCAACAACACCGGCGGCAGCAGCGGCGGGAGUGCGAGCGCAGGGACGGGGUGCCCGGUGGGGGCGCAGCGGCGAGCCAUCGAGUGUGUGGCGUUCUGCGGCGCGGCUCUCCCCGCGGGGCCGUGCGGCGGGCUCGGCACGUGCUUCCUCUCCGGCCCCUCCAACACCCCCACCUGCGCCUGCAACGCCGGCAUGUUCAACGUCACGUUGACUCUUACUGUCGGGAAGAGCCUUGUCGCGUACCCCUCCUGCUCGCCCAACCCCGGUCCACCUCCCCCUCCCCCACCACCUCCUGUGGACAACACCACCAUGCGCAGAAGAGACAAUCGAGGAGCCAACUUGGAUCAAGCAGCAACUAUCUCCUCUACCUACUUCAACCCCUACUUCCGCUACUCCUCUCUCGGCUUCACCGGCAAUAUCUCAAACCCCACGUGGAACAUCACUCCGACUUUGGACUGGCGGGCGCGGGUGCCUUUGGCGCUACAGCCGGCCAAGGACCAGGGGCUGUGCUCGGCGUGUUGGAUAUUCGCGCCGGUGGCGGCGGCAGAGGCGCUGUAUGCGAUUGUGUACGGCGCAGCGGCGCCCAGCCUGGCGGAGCAGAAGGCCAUCGACUGCCAGGGCACCUGGACUUGCGCGGGCGGCCGCCCCGACGAUGCCUUCAACUACAUCGCCGCUUCCGGUGGCCUGCCCAACUCCUCCGCGCAUCCUUACACCGGCGUCGCCAACAACGGCACCUGCAAGCCAGGGUUUGCGCGGCGGUCGGUGUUCUCUCGCAGGCUGUCUCUCAAUGAAGCAGAUGAAGCUGAGAGAGCGACAAGGACUUGGUUUCCCACUUCCUUUGCUUCGCUUGCUCACACCCUCUCCCGUCUGCUCAAGGCUCAUACCCCCAGCAGCAACGGCAAACGGACAACAGCGGGCUAUGCAACAACAGCAGCACCGAAAAAGGAUGUAGUGACACCAUCCCUCCCGCCAGCCCCAUUCCCCGUGUCCAUGUUUGAGCGCGUGGGCAUCAGCGGGUGGCUGGGCCUGGCCAUUGCCGUGCAGCAGCAGCCCGUGGUGGUUUACAUCGAGGCGCGGUCUACCUCGUUUGUUACCUACCCUGGGGGCUUUGUGUACGCGGAUCCCAACUGCUACGCCACGCGGCUGGUGGACCAUCUGGUGGUGGUGGUGGGGUUCAACCUGCUGGACGCGACGCCCCACUGGAUCAUCCGCAACUCAUGGGGCCCAUCGUGGGGCGAGAAUGGCUACAUGAAGAUCGCCAUUGCGGGCGGCCCCGGCAUCUGCGGCAUGAACACCCUCCCCGGCCUCUACCCUUCCAUCGUCUCCCCCAACCCGUGCAAGCCCAUCAACCCAUGCGGAGGGGGCGUGUGCACGGCGGUUACAGGCAACAAGAACCAGCGCAACAAGUGCACGUGUCCCACCAACUUUGUCGCAGUUACCAAUCUCGACCUGACACAGUCGUGCGCCAUCGCCAAGGUGUGCUCGUUCUUUGCAAAGAAUCCCUGCGGCUUCGGCACGUGCAUUGACGACAACAAGGGCGGCUACUCGUGCCUCUGCUCUCCGGGCUACCUGCUCGGCGCUCUUACAAGCGGCGCUGCCACCUGCAUCCCUGGUGCGACGUCAGUGAAGGUGACGCUACCAGCAGACAUGUCAUGCAAUCAGAUUCGCUCUACGUACCUCCUUUCCAAGGCCAACUUCACCAGUCUCAACCCUUCGCUCAAGUGCCCUGGCACAUACCCAGCAGGCACUGUGAUUGUAACCAGGAACUCCACAGUCAACGGGACCGCGUGCGUGGUUCCCUACACCAUCAUUCCCGGCGACACAUGCGCCAGUAUCGCCUCGGUGUUCAACCUCGCCACUACGGGCCUUGCAGCGGUCAACCCUGAGCUCGAUUGCACUGCUCUCGUCGCCGGACAACUGGUGAGGAGGAUAAGUGGCUUGGCAUCUGGUGACUUUUGA